CUCAAAAUGAAAUUAUUUUAGUGGUUUUUAUUGUUAAUGAAUGUAUAAUCAUGUUGGUAAGCAAAUUUUUCAUAUUCAGUGUUGAUGUUUCAUUCACUUUACCGUGGCAAUCACCCUACAAUCAAAGUUAAUCCUAACCAAGCUGCAAAUGGAGAUGUAAAUAGAAAAUUUAUUGCUCAAACAUAGUCGUGCUAUAUUUAGCCGAUGAGCAUAGUUUAGUUGACCUCUCACCCACCGCCAUGACUGUUUUUUACACAAGACUUGGCUGCCACUUCCACUCAAAUAAUCUGAUAGUAAUGCAUAUCGCAUAAAAAUGGAAGAAAAUGUUUACUUCAAGACCAGCCUCCAGUUUCUGAUAUGGAGUGGUCUGGUCUAAUCCAUAUCUCUUCAGUAGAUUGAGCUUCCAACCUUCCAUUUCGUUUCCAUUCAGGUCUUGCGCCAUCAGCCAUGUUCCUUUCUGUCAUCAUCGUAUCAUUCAUCAAUUUAUCUUGAAUGUGAUGACCCAUGUCAAUAUUUACAUAACCAGUAAUCAUUCGAUUCAGUUCUUGAAAUAUACUGACAUGGGUCGCAAGAAAAUAACCACUACAUUUGGAUUAACUCCGAAAUCCAUUUCUAGAUGUUUGUUUGGAAUACUGAAAAGUAAAAACCAUUUUAUGAUUAUAUAUAUGUAACGCUCAAUCCGCCAUAUAUGUUAUUGACAAUCAGCUCCUGGUUUUGUUGUUUGUAGCUGUUAGAUGGUCAGAUAAACACAUAAAAAUGGAAAGGUUGAACUGGUUGGUUAUAUCCUGAGCCCAAUGUUAAUUCAUGAUUGGGCCUUCAGCUUAAUGGUCUUUUUAGUUCUCGAUAUUAGAGAAAAAGUUCAAAGUCUUUGCAAGUUAUGCACUGAUCUUGAAGUAAAGCUGAAAAGAGACAAAAAGAGGUUUUUGUUGGUACGUAAAAGGAAUUCUUGAGUCCGCACCCCCUGGCAGGAAAUCUGUAUUUGGACCACAAUGGGCCGCUGAAGCCCACCAUAACAACACGUGUCUUGUUGUCAUCGGCUUUAGGAGAAGAAGCUGUGAAAGCUCGGGGAUAGAAGACGGGUCCAUAUAUUCUCGAAAACUUAAUUGUUGGAAUCAAAUCAUCAAACGUUCAACAUCAUCGGCAUUUUCCAUCAAACGGCUGUUGGCUGCUGCAUCUUUGUCUCAGCCACCUUUCUCAACGAAACUUUUUCAAUUUCUUGCGCAUCUGAUUCCCAGUAGUAAACCUGGCUUGCCUGCCUUCACGAAACAGUCAGGUUGUGGAGGAAUUGGAUAGUAGAGAUCAUGAUGCUUUUCCCAAAUCUAAAGAAAGCUUUCCUUUUCUUCUCCAGCAGACAUUCCUAAACAAAUCCAAAUUGCCUAUCCAAUCCAAUAAUUUCCUUUUAAAAAAACCGUACCAUCAUUGGGUUUCCAGAACCAACAUGGAGUCGGAACUCAAGGACCUGAAUUCCAAACCAUCCAAGUCCCAACAACCCGACCCUACCCACGACGAUGUCUCCACCAAAGACGACAGCCCACUCCUCAAGUCCGACUCCUCAUCCGCCGACGAUAUCCUGGAGCUCGAGAAGAAAUUCGCUGCCUAUGCUCGCAACGACGUGUACGGUACCAUGGGUCGUGGCAAGCUCCCAUUGAAGGAGAAACUCGUUCUGGGAAUCGCCCUCGUCACGCUGCUCCCUUUACGCAUCGUUUUGGGAAUUACUCUUGUGGUUGUAUAUUACUUGAUUUGUAGAAUUUGUACUCUAUUCUCGGCCCCGAAUCAGGAGGAGGAGCAGCAGGAGGAUUAUGCACACUUGGGCGGUUGGAGGCGAGCCGUGAUUGUCCGGUCGGGUCGGUUCCUGUCAAGGUCUUUGCUUUUUCUGGUAGGAUUUUAUUGGAUUAAUGACACUCAUAAAGAUUCAGCAAAUACCCAAGAGAACUCAAGCACUGAGGCCAACAAUCAAUCAGAAGAGCAAGAACGACCUGGGGCAAUCGUAUCUAAUCACGUGUCGUAUCUAGAUAUCUUAUAUCACAUGUCGUCUUCCUUUCCAAGCUUUGUUGCUAAGAGAUCAGUGGCUAAGAUUCCUUUAGUUGGUCUCAUCAGCAAAUGCCUCGGUUGUGUCUAUGUUCAGCGGGAGUCGAAAUCAUCAGACUUCAAAGGUGUUGCAGGUGUUGUGAGUGACAGAGUUCAUGAGGCUCAUCACAGUGAAUCUGGUCCAAUAAUGAUGCUCUUUCCAGAAGGAACAACAACAAAUGGGGAUUACCUCCUCCCAUUCAAGACUGGUGCAUUUUUGGCAGGAGCACCUGUGGUGCCUGUUAUAUUAAGGUACCCAUACCAAAGAUUUAGUCCAGCCUGGGAUUCAAUAUCUGGGUUGCGUCAUGUGGUUUUUCUUCUGUGUCAAUUUGUAAAUCACAUGGAGGUAACAUGGUUACCUGCCUACUACCCCUCACAGGAAGAGAAGGAUGAUCCAAAACUAUAUGCUAAUAAUGUCCGAAGAUUGAUGGCCAGUGAGGGUAAUUUGAUACUGUCGGAUAUCGGACUGGCUGAGAAGCGAAUAUAUCAUGCUGCUCUCAAUGGUUUAUUUUGCCAAAGCUAAUUUGGAUUCGCCAUCUGUAUAGUCAUUGUAUGAUUCUAUUAUUUAUGGGAAAAAAAUUAAAAUUAUAUAUAUAUAAAAAAAUUUUAUUGGCAUCAGUUGGAAAUCUAUUACAUGGAGCUGAGCAGGCAUUUUCUUAAAGCAGGUCUUUGAUGUCUAUUCUUCUCCAGUUGAGAUCCAAAAAGUUAAAUUGUGUUUAGUGAAGGGUCAUAGUAUUUUGCUAUUUAAAUGCAAUUGCCGUUGAGGAUCCAUGAUUUGUAACUGCACCGACGAGAGCCAAGGUGGUUUUCCUCGAUUUCGAUGCUCGAUUUCUUCAUUCAUGGGAUGAGUUGAAUCUUAGAAUUCUUCAAAGUCUUGAACAUGGAUUCCAGUCUUGGAGGAGUAACAUACAUAACAUAAGCUGACAGUUUCUGAGGUCAAUUGUGCGAGCUUUUGUGCCUAUUGCACAUUGGUUUGCCAUAUUAACCAAUCCAUUCGUUGAUAAACUUAUUUUUGGUUCAUCCAAAGGCCAUAAGUUCUAAUCAAUUUUGUUUGUUGAUUCUUGGGCCAAAUUUGCGUCUACAUCAUUUUUUAAAAUAUACUAUUUUCUCUAAUC